UACAUUUAAAAGGGUGCGUGGCCGACCGAACCCGUCCCCGUCUCACAAGUGACGCUCGCUCUCUCUCUCUCUCUCGCGCGCGCGCGGAGCAUUUGGUGCCUCGAUCGAGCCUUCGAAUUUUACGGAUCUGAUUGCGUGAUUCGCUUGGUGUUUCCAAACACUCCUUCGUUUCAAGAUUCAUGGAUGCUAUUUCGUGUUUCUGUAGUUAUACUGAUCUCAACCUUUCUUUAUUGUCCGUUCUUUGUACGAGACUUGUGAUGGUUAAUUUUCUUUCUCUUUGAUCCAUUGCUUUCUGCAUCCUUUUGGUCGCAAGUCUUUCCUGCCUGGUCAUUUGAUUUGUAUGUGUCUAGUGAUUGUUAUUUGGGGUGGUUUGGUAGUAACAAGGCUUGGAGUCGGUCAGAUCGGUAGUGAUUUCUGGUAGAGCCUGGUGCGUAGGGUGAUGCGAGAUCGGUAGCCAUGGGCACUGGAAUUGGGGAUCUGCGGGGUGUGAUCGGUGAUCCGAUCACUGCUGGUGGUUUCAAACUCAGAGGGCGGCCGCCGGCGAUGGCCGCCUCACACCUAAAUGGCGUCUUCGACGUCCAGGGCAUUCCAUUUCUUCAUACCCCUUCCGAUUCCAGUGAUGCGAGUGCUCCGUCGUCGUCCGAUACCGUCACGAACGGAGGAUUUAGUCAUGAUCAUCCAUUCGCUGAGGAGAAUGCCUUCGGCAGCUCACCGCUGGGAGGGCAACCACGCUUCUCGAAUCAGAGUAGUUUGUUCGGUCUCCCGGAUGUUGAUCCUGGUUUUCCCCCCUCUGUUUCCACCCGAGACUCCAACCUUGCGCCAUCGCUUGGCGCAGGCCCUGAGGUUGAUGUCUUUGAAGACUCCGAGAUCUUCUCUGAUAUCGUCCUCAACUAUAUUGACCAAAUGCUCAUGGAGGAGAACAUUGAUGAGAAAUUCGAUGUAUACCCAGAAGACCCUGCUCUGAUAGCUGCAGAGAAACCCUUCUAUGAGAUCUUAGGUGAGAAGUUCCCACCUUCGCCCGAUCGGCCACCGUUGUGUUCCAGCCAUUUUUCUGACAGCCCCGAUGAUAGCAUCAGUAAUCACCAAGGAAAUUCCUGUAUCAGCAUUUCUGGCAGCACGGUCAUCAGCAACUGCCGGCCGUAUGACCCUGUCGAACAUUCUUCUCGGCUGCAGACUCAUCCUAUACUGAUCGACUGCUCUUCACAUUGUUCAUUCUCCUCCACAAAUAGCUUUGGGAAUAUCACGGAAGGGGUGGAGGAGUCUCUUCUAAGCACACUUACACCUCUUGAUUUACUUACUGAGAGCCAACCUGCAUGGCAGUUCCAGAGGGGACUCGAGGAGGCACGCAAAUUCCUUCCAAGUGAGGAUAAGUUGGUGAUCGACUUAGAGGCCAGUGGUUUUAACAUACCUCAGGGGAUGGUUGGGGUCAAACAAGAGGAUGAGGACAGAGAACACCAAGUUCAUCCAUCAAGGGGUCGUAAAAACCCACAUGACGAAGAUUUAGAUUUGGAGGAGGGAAGGAGUAAUAAACAAUCAGCGGUUUACACCGAGGAGACUAUUCGCACAAAAAUGUUUGAUGAGGUUUUGCUAUGUAACGGGGAAAAUUGCUCAGAGAGUGUUGAUAAACUCCGCCAGAAAUUGCAGAAUGAAGUAAGCAAACUUUCUCAUAGUUGUCACUCUAAAGGUUCAAGUGGCGGGAAGGGUCGAGGAAAGAAGCAAUCGAAGAGGGAGGUUGUGGAUCUUAGAACACUCCUCAUUCAUUGUGCUCAAGCUGUGGCAACAGAUGAUCGCCGAAGUGCGAAUGAAUUGUUGAAACAGAUCAGACAGCACUCUUCUCGUCAUGGAGACGCAAAUCAGAGGCUAGCCCAUUGGUUUGCCGAUGGCCUGCAGGCUCGCCUCGCUGGUACGGGGAGUCAGGUCUAUCAAUCCUUGGUGGCAAAACGAAGUCCUGUUACCGACAUCCUAAAAGCUUACCAGCUUUAUUUGGCUGCUUGUCCUUUCAAGAAGAUCUCCCAUUUCUUCUCUACCCAAACCAUUCUAAAUGUGGCAGAGAAUGCAGCUAGUUUGCACAUUAUAGAUUUCGGCAUAUACUAUGGUUUCCAAUGGCCAUGUUUCAUGCAACGGCUUUCUAAUCGGCCUGGUGGGCCUCCGAAGCUUCGCAUGACAGGUAUAGAUGUACCUGUGCAUGGAUUCCGCCCGACCGAACUGAUUGAUGAAACAGGGCAUCGUCUAGCUGAUUAUGCAUGCAGUUUCAACAUCCCUUUCGAGUUUCAUGCGAUCGCAACCAAGUGGGAGACCAUACGAGUCGAGGAUCUUAACAUUCGUGAAGAUGAGGUGGUGGUGGUCAACUGUUUGUACCGGUUUAGGAAUCUGAUGGAUGAGACAGUGGUGGUGGAUAGUCCGAGGGAUAUGGUCUUGAACACUGUAAGAAAGAUCAACCCAGAUGUGUUCAUUCAUGGUGUUCUUAAUGGCACGUACAAUGCUCCAUUCUUCGUCACACGCUUCCGAGAAGCUUUAUUCCACUUCUCUUCCUUGUUUGAUAUGAUCGGGACGAAUGUGCCACAUGAGGAUGAACCGAGGCAGCUGAUCGAAAAGGUUCUCUUUGGGCGCGAGGCUCUAAAUGUCAUCUCUUGUGAGGGUACAGAAAGGGUCGAGAGGCCAGAGACCUACAAGCAGUGGCACGUAAGGAACCUGAGGGCAGGGUUCACUCAGCUUCCGCUGAACCCUGAUAUCGUGAAGAAAGCAAAGGAUAGAGUGAAGUCCUGCUACCACAAGGAUUUUGAUAUGGAUGAAGAUAGCCAAUGGCUGCUGCAGGGGUGGAAGGGCCGGAUCAUUUAUGCGCUAUCCACUUGGAAAUCAAGUAGUUCUUGCUAGAUUUGUUAAUGGAAACCUAGAUUGUGACUUUAUAUAGCAUAUGAUGUAAGUGAAGACAUUUUACACUCGACCUCUGAUCCUAAAGCUGAUGUUUGUGACUCAUUAUUAGGAUCUUUAUUAUUCCAGUUGAUCAUGGCCUGACUUUAAAGCUUUACAAUGGUCAAGCUCAACCACAGUUUAAGCUGGAGCAGCAGAAGCAGGUUGUAGGUAUCUAAUGGGUUAUGGACCUCAUAGUCGUCAUAGAUAGGUUCUCAGCUCGAUUCUUAUUUGGUGUAUGUUUGAAUGAUGUAACUGGUCAGUAGCUUUGAUUAGUGUAAUCCUCAUAUGUGAAUUGCCUCAUUAUUUUUGUUCCUUGCGAAUGUAAAUGUGUCAUUCUUA